AUGGCGCCUUCAAUGCUGUCGUCGCCGCAGUUCACAUUCUUCGUUGGUGAAGAGCGCGCGCCGGUAGUCGCUCACGCCCAGGUCAUGGCAAGUCUAUCGAAGCCCUUCGACCGUCUCAUCAACGGUCCGAUGAGAGAGUCAGAAGAGAAAUGCGCUACGUUGCCUGAAGUCGAGAAACCCAUUUUUCUUGGUCUUGUUGAGUUCGCAUAUCGUAGCGACUAUACGACAGGCUCUUACCCAAAUGAUGCACAAAGUUCAGAGGACGCAGAGGCGAUGGAAGAAGAUGAUGAUGAUGAUAACGAAUAUAUGUUAGACAACGAUGAAGAAGACAGUGCAGACGAUGAGGAGGAGGAACAAAAUAUUGAAGAAGGUGCAGAAGACGCAGAAGAACACGAUCUGGAUGCUGUAUACCUGCGAGUCCUUGCUGAAGAACCGCUGGACGAAAUCAUCGACGAAAUCAAGGGUACGAAGAGCGGCAGCCUUUUUGAGGAGUUUGUUGAGAACACCUACGCGCUUAACCUCCGCACGUCUCACGCCGCGGACACGGUCGCCGUGGACUAUUCCGCACAGCGCGUAGGAGACAGUGAACGUGGGCACAAAGCCAUCUUCCUUCUCAACGCCAAGAUGUACUGUCUCGCCGAUUACUACAUGAUCCUCCCAUUAAAGGAUCUGGCCCUGUACAAACUCCACGAGGCACUCAAGCUGUGCAUGCAUCGCGACUUCCUCAAGACACGUGAGCGCAUCGAUGACAUCGUUGCUUUGGUCAAUUUCGCGUAUUCCAGUGAAAACACCCAGGACGAGGAUCCGCUACGGGAGGAAGUACUGGAGUACGUGAUUGUUCACAUAGAUGCCCUGGGUGCAACACCGGCUUUCCAAGAGCUGUUGGUUGGUCAAGCGCAGUUGGCGGCUGAUUUGGUCCUUCAAUUCAGCGAGGAACGUCGCCGCAAGAUGGCCGGUGCGGGAGCUGCGCCUAAGUAUUACAACGGAAAGCAUCUUGCUGUCGCUUGGAAGAACAUGGAGAAUGAGUAG